UCUUCACCCGCCGGCGUUUGCAGCGUGGUUUUAGCAAGAUGGCGUACGCACAGAAGUCCACGGAGGGAAUGACAAGAUGGGAAGUCAUUGUACAAAAUGCCAACGACUUCAAGACCUUUCUUUACAACAAAGAAAAGGGGGAGGUUAUGGGAAGAAAUGGUCAGAGUUGGGCUAAAAUCGGCUUGUUCUUCCUCGUAUUCUACCUGUGUCUAGCCGGUUUUUUCGCCGCAAUGUUGUCGAUAUUUCUUUCUACAUUACCCGACCGUGCUGAUGGGCCGAAGUUAACCCAAUACAUAGCCGGCAAACCUGUGUUGAACCCUGUUCCAUCCAACAAGAUCGAGGGUUAUGAUCCAAACAAGGCAUCAUCAUACUCAAGUCAUGUCAGUGACAUCAACAGCUUUCUCAACCAGUAUGUUAGACAAGGUGGAGCGAAUAAAGACCAGUUUGCUCCAGAUUUCUGCAAUGGAACUUCAGGAGAACCUCGCCCUAAGGAUGCUAAGAAGCAGUGCCGUUUUGAUUUGACCAACCUUGGGCCGUGCUACAAGAAUGAGACAGGAUUCAAAUAUGGCUUUGACACUGGUUCUCCCUGCUUCUUUCUCAGGAUGAACAAGGUCUUCAACUUUGUUCCUGAGCCAAACAGCGGAUUGAGCUAUAUUAAAGUUGAAUGCGAUGCUAAGGACUCGAGCAAGAACAAUCUUAUUAAAGUUUACCCAGAGGAGAACCCUGGAUGGCCUGUGUCCUUCUACCCAUAUCGUAUGGAGGAUAACUGGCUCGCCCCUGUUAUUGCAGUCCAGGUGAACACCACUUCUACAACUGAAGUUCGCUGCAGAGCCUUGGGCAAGAAUAUACAACAAACAGACUCCUACCUUUUGAAACGUGGUGCUUACGGCAGAGUACGGAUUGAGAUUAACCCAGUGGAUUAACCAAGUAGAACCUUUCUCAAUGCAUUUUGUUGAAUUUGAGGGCCUCUUUGGGGAUGUGAAAUGCCAUCAAACUUGUUUUAGACUUUUGUAUGUUAACUACAAAAUCGUUUUUAUAUCUGUGUAGCAUUUUAUACCUGACUUUGUGAUUGCAAUUCUCCAGGAUGACUUUGUGAUGUGUUUAUUAUUUAUGUCAUGAUCCUGUAGUGCUGUCGAUUUUAUAAUAAUGGAGUUUUUUGGAAAAGAGAAUGGCAAUCAGUGGUUAUAGGAAAUAUGCUGCUUCAAGUUACAAAUUUUGAAAUUGUCUUAUUCAAACUUACAACUGAACAAUUUGCUUCUUUUCUCAAUUUUCUUUGUGGCUGUACAUUCUUGAUAAUUAAUGUCUUUCCAAGCGGUGUUGAGGGAGAUUGUAUAAUGUCAUUGAAUUUCAUUUCCUUUAUUCAAUCAUCUUGGUCAGCUUGACUGUUAAACAUACUUUGAGUUGUGCAAUUAUCAGAUUUGAAAAAUUAUUUGCUUAAAACUGAUGUCCAUAUGACGUUGAUUGUACAUAUAGUACAGUUAUUUCUAAUAUAAUCCUAGUUUACUUCAAUUGCCACCUGUUCGAUAGACAUUUGUUUUGUACUUUACUAGUACACUUUUCAUUACUAGACUAUUGAUUUUCUUUAUUCGCAUGAGUAUGUGUUUGAGGCCACCACUUCACAAGAAAUUCUUGGGAAACUCAGAACAUUUCUUGUAUUUUUGGGGGCUGGCAGAACUGCAUUUUAAAUAACUCUAAAGCACCAACGGAUGUAUUUCCAGUGUAAUAAAUAUUUGUUCUUAAUAUGUUACUACUCAUCAAGGCCUGCUGCUACAAGCAACUAUUCUACCAGUUUUGAAUCUUAGGAUUUUCAAAUUGUGAGAAAACAACUCUUAUGGUUUCAGUUAGCUUCCGGAAGUGUCAGUUAUUGCGUCAGAGCCAUCCAGGGUUGUAAUACAGUGGAACAUAUGUAAGGUUGAAAGAAUGUAAGAUCUCUGAGUAAGGCAAGAGCUAGCUGUAGUGGUACAAUCAACACUUCAAGUAGCAUGUUUGCACCCGGUUUCAAAAUGCUUUGUAGUAGUGUUGUUAUACAAUAGGUAUUUUGAAAGCGGAUACACAGGCUAUAACUCUAGCAGUAGCAAUUUUGUACUUGAAUGCUGUGCUUGAAGCAAUGAAUAAAAGCUAUUGGUGCA